CCCAGAGCAAAAGCGGUGAGCGUCAAAUCGCGGGGCUCCUGAGGCUGGUGCGCUCCGGAAAUUUUGGCUGGGACUUGACCCAAGAUUCUGCCAGACGCCACAGCAGGGGCGGGGGAUUGCGUUGCGUAGUGGCUGAAUUUUUUGAGAUUAGAAUUUGAGCUUUUGGCGAUCGAAGAUGCCUAGCGGUGGACAUCAGAGCUCUUCCCGGCGCCCUGUUCAUCUCGACAAACACCACCCCUCAAAAUCUCCUCCGAAGUUGCAUUAUCGCCCAUCAAAACUCCGCGCAACUCCCAAGAUACAAGAACACGACCCAAAAUGGCCAUGAAUUUGGAUUUGUCAAAUGCGGCGGUGAUGAAGGAUGAGCAGGGGCGGCCCUUCAUCGUUGUCAGAGACCAGGGAAAGAAGAAGCGCCAGUAUGGUAACGAAGCCGUCAAGUCUCACAUUCUUGCCGCCCGGACCGUCGCAAACAUUGUCAAGACCUCAUUAGGCCCCCGCGGCCUCGACAAGAUCCUCAUCUCCCCAGAUGGCGAUAUCACAGUAACGAACGAUGGGGCGACAAUCCUGCAACAGAUGGAGAUUACCAACCACGUGGCCAAGCUACUGGUGGAGCUCUCCAAGUCGCAAGACGACGAGAUUGGUGAUGGCACCACGGGUGUAGUUGUCCUAGCCGGCGCCCUGCUCGAGCAAGCGGCGGAGCUCAUCGACAAAGGCAUCCACCCCAUCCGCAUCGCUGACGGCUACGACCAGGCUUGCGACAUUGCGGUGGCGGAGCUUGACAAGAUUUCAGACGUUAUCGAGUUCAGCAAAGAGGAGACGACAAACCUGCUCAAGGUGGCGAGGACAAGCUUGGGUAGCAAGAUUGUCUCCAAGGCGCACGACCAGUUUGCCAAGAUUGCCGUGGACGCGGUGCUCUCGGUAGCAGAUCUAGAGCGCAAGGACGUCGACUUUGAGCUGAUCAAGGUGGACGGCAAAGUCGGUGGCGCACUCGAGGACACGCUGCUCGUGAAGGGAGUCAUCAUCGACAAGGACUUUUCGCACCCGCAAAUGCCGUCUGAGGUCCGGGACGCCAAGAUCGCCAUCUUGACGUGCGCGUUUGAGCCGCCAAAGCCCAAGACGAAGCACAGGCUAGACAUCACUAGCGUUGACGAGUUCAAGAAGCUGCAGACCUACGAACACGAGAAGUUCGUGGAGAUGAUUCAGCAAAUAAAGGAUACUGGCGCGAACCUAGCUAUCUGCCAGUGGGGUUUCGAUGAUGAGGCCAACCACUUGCUUCUGCAGAAUAAGCUUCCUGCGGUAAGAUGGGUGGGCGGUCCCGAGAUCGAGCUGAUCGCCAUUGCGACAAACGGUCGCAUCGUGCCUCGGUUCGAGGACCUUAAGGCCGGGAAGCUCGGCACGGCUGGUAUUGUCCGCGAGAUGACGUUUGGUACAACAAGAGAGAAGAUGCUGGUGAUUGAGGAGUGCGCCAACACAAGAGCCGUGACAGUGUUUGUCAGGGGCAGCAACAAGAUGAUCAUCGACGAGGCAAAGCGCUCUCUCCACGACGCUCUGUGCGUCGUGCGCAACCUCGUGCGCGACAAUCGCGUCGUGUACGGCGGCGGCGCGGCCGAGAUUGCUUGCAGCCUGGCAGUCGAGGAUGCGGCCGUCAAGACGCCCGGGCUCGAGCAAUAUGCCAUGCGCGCCUUCGCCGAGGCGCUCGACGCCGUGCCGAUGGCUCUGGCCCAAAACAGCGGUCUCAACCCCAUUGCCACCCUGGCCGAGGUCAAGAGCCAGCAGGUCAAAGACCCGGCCGGCCGCGGCCGCCUCGGAGUCGACUGCAUGGGCGCUGGCUCCAACGACAUGAAGCAGGCUUUUGUCAUUGACCCGCUCAUUGGCAAGAAGCAGCAGCUCAUGCUAGCCACGCAGCUGUGCAGGAUGGUGCUCAAGGUGAACAAUGUUAUUAUAGCUGGUUCGGGCGACGACGACUUUUAAAAAAAAAGGCCGAAACGUGGAAGGCAGCAAGCAGCAAUAGAUAUGACCCUCGAUAAAUAAAACAAUAAAAGGCGGGCGUUGACAACGCCUGGGGAUCUUGUAUUUACUUGCAUGAACGGAACCAGGCGGAGGGUUGUCUAAUAGCGAGUUCACGUCAUCUUGUCUAGAGAUGCCUUUUUUUUUAGAACCAAAAGUCAAGUUGUAAAGAACACACUGCUCCACGAUCUACAGUGAGAAAUAUUGCUUAAAUAGCUAAACUCCAAACCUAAGCUAGGCUCUUUUCUACCUGAAUAUAUCCGUGGGUUAAAGACAAACAAGGGGUAAUUGUUGGAAUGGCAAGGUCAUCCGUGCUAGUUACUAUAGUAACCGCUACGAAAGGGUGUGGUGGUGGUGUUCAUCGUAUUCUUCUGUGUCUCUCGAAAGGAUCACGAACUACGGGGACACGAAGGCACUCAAUCAGGGUGCCUCCCGGUCACGUG